UUUGGGUCGUUUGACAUCGUCCUCACCGAUAUUCCCGUGGUCAUGCCCGCACUGAAGCACAACCUCAAGCGCAACAAGCCCGUCCUGGGGAAGACAGUCAAGCACGCCAUCGUGCACUGGAACAAGGCGGCGGAUAAGGCCAAGUCCCUGAACCCUCCAUACGACGUCGUCUUGGCGACGGACGUCGUUUACAUAGAGGAGACUGUGGGCCCGCUUGUGUCCACCAUGGAGGCGCUGGUGAAGGACGACGGCGUCGUUUUGUUCGGCUACCAGCUGAGGUCUCCGGAAGCACACAAACUGUUCUGGGAAAUGUGUGAGAGGGUUUUUGUGAUUGAGAAAGUUCCGCACCAGGAUUUGCACCCGGAUUAUGUGUACGAAGAGGCUGAUGUGUUUGUCUUGCUUAAGAAAUGAUCAAAUCAAA